AUGUCAUCGCUUACUAGUAUGGGAGCGAUGGCGAAUGAGGCGUUCAUGCUGAGAGUGAAGGAGGAAGCGAACUGCAUCCUGGCUGAGAUCGUCAGGCUAUCGAGCUUUAUCCCACAAGACUUCACUGACCCAAAAUCGUCAAAGUUCAAGCUUCUUCUUUUGGAUUUUAGUUAUUUCACCAAUGCUGCUCAUUAUGAGAAGUUAAUAGCAGAGAACGAGGAUCUUCAAGACCAGUUCUACAACACGAAUGGCGAUCUGCUGUCUCGGUUCUCUACGCUCUUCCAAACAAUUGCAAUGUUUUUGUGCAGUUUGAAAGAUGAUGAACAGCGUAAUAUGGACUUCUUAGUCGAUUUUCUAAGAGUAAAUCCUCCCACAGGAACGAAGUACCUGUUUGAGCGUUUGAAAGUCAGUGAAUCAUUUGUUGAUAGAUGCUUGUCUUGUUGUGAAGCCAUCCAUAAAGAGGGUGCGAGUGACUUUGGGAAACUGCAUGUGGAUAGGAACACGUUAAUUAAAUGGAUUUUUAUCUGCCUUCUCUUCAAGCAGUCCGUGCUCAAGACCGAUCAUAUUAGAAUGCGUAAAAUUGUUGAAGAUUUCUUCCGUGAUUAUUGGGUGCUCCAACUUGGCUUGGGUCUGAACGUCAAUGUGAUGGAUGCUUGGCAACAAUAUCGUGCCGCUUUUGCAGCAAUCACAAGUCAAAUGGAUAUCAAGAAGGCGAAGGAAAUGGCGUCGUUACACUACAGUACUUUAGAGAGACUAACUAUUCCACAGGCUUACAACGAGUGUCUACGUAAUAAGGAGGAGAGCAUUAAGAAGUUGACAUCUUCUAUUUGUUCACUGAUCAAUGAGAUGGUGCAGUUUCUUUCACAGGAUUUUGGUCCGCUUAAUAAGGAUAAAAAAACUGCAGCAGUCCGUAUUGUUUCAGCAAAGCUACGUGACUGGUUUCUAUUGAUGAAGGAAACGCUGGAGGGCCUAGAACCCAAUAGCAAACAAAAUAGCGGGUUCGUUUUGCAAAUCAAGAAGAGAAUCAUACAGGUAGGCGAGAUGUUAGAAUUGAGCGGAAGAAUUGCAUUUGCACAGCAUUUGCGAUUACUAGAAUCGCGCUUAGAUUCACUUUCCGCUUUAUAUAGUGUAGGAGAAGAAGAGGAACGAAGAUUGCGUCGAAGCGCAGAUCCGUCGUAUCUGUGGCCUGUUCUAGAUGAUUGGACUCCUAGGAUUCAACGUAGAAUACUAGAGUCCUCUAACGCUCAUGCACUUCGCGCACUUUUCUUCAAGUUAUCACUCUCUAUUUCCGUGUUAUGUGAGCAGUUUGAAAAUGACGAACGAAAGAAUCUUGGUAUAUCAAGAAUGGCGCUAAGGAAGGUGGGAAUCGUCAAUGUAAAUCCAAAGGAGUUGCUUGAAGAAGGAAUACGGCGUGAAUUAGCUUCAGAGCUUCCACUGUUAUUGACUGUAUCUGAUAUGCCAAGUUCAUUAGAAGAUCUGUUGAAAAAGUUAUCGGACACUCUUCAUUCGUUUCAUCGGGCUUUCAUAUAUAUGUGUGGACAUGUUGAUAUUAAUGGAUACGAUAUGUGGCGAGCGGAAGUAGACUGUAUCCUUAUGCAGAUGACUACGGACGUGAUGGAAAAAAGGCGCAUAGCUAAUACUACUCAAACUGGAUCAAGUGGUGUGAAUUCCACCCAAGCUUUGCUCGUCAUUACGAAUUUGUUAUUGAAGCACUCAAAUCCAACUUUUAAUCGUUACAUGGAAGACAGCAUGAAAUGGCGAGAAAUUAAGACGAAGAAAGAUGUACUUUCUUCAAAAAUUAUCGAUUCUAUUGAGGUGUUUUUUCCUUAUGAGUUAUUGUCGACUGUUUUAUUAAUGGACCUUAGAGAUCAACGAAUUACGCUUUAG